AUGUAUUCUCAAUCUUGGAUUUUUGUAUUCAUAAUAUACAUUGUAGAAGUGAACACUCAAUACCAAUAUCGAGUGCUUAACGGAUCACCCACGUCAAUACAUCAGUACCCCAUUUUAGCUCAAAUGUUGUUAGAUGUAUGGGGAACACGUGACUUUAUUCAACAUUGCGCAGGAGUCAUUCUCACGUCACAUCAUGUUAUUUCAAGCGCUCAUUGCUUCCAGUUUAAUCAGGAUACAGGAAGAAAUUAUACAAUUCCUCAGUACUGGAGAAUACGAGUUGGUUCCACUUACCGAACUCGAGGUGGUGUAUUACAUAAAGUAAAAUCUAUAAUACCUCAUAAGAGUUUCGACAAGCGCUAUUAUAUAAAUGAUAUAGCAGUCGUAGUUGUCGCAAAAAGGUUCAAUUUAGGUAAUUUAGUAAGACAAGCUACGAUAAUUAGGCCAGGAAGUGAAUUAAUGCCUAAUUCAGUUUGUACUUUGGUUGGAUGGGGCGCUACUCAGAUUAACGGUCCACAGCCAGACCAACUUCAAUACACAAUGAUGUUAAUAAUUAAUCAAGAAGUAUGCAGAGCACAAUACCAAGCUAUUGGUGCAAUCAUUACAGACUCUAUGUUGUGUGCUGGUCGAACAGAUAUUGAUGGCGUUGAUGGAUGCUUUGGAGAUUCAGGAGGUCCUCUUAUUUAUAAAGGCGUUGUAGUCGGCCUAGUUUCCUUCGGGUAUAAAUGUGGUCUUAAGGACUAUCCUGGAGUGUAUACAAAAUUAUCCUAUUUUACUGAUUGGAUCGUACGUACAGUGUCUAUAAAUAAA